UCGACACAGCCAUUCUCCUGCCAGUAUCCUCCACGGCUGUGCCCCUUUGUCCUUCCGCCCUGCUCCUCCGGCCAAACUGGAGCCAAGGAUUUGCACAGGCACCUGUCUUCUCCGCCCUACACUGCGUCUGCACCCUGAGGGAGGAAAGCCCACACCAAGGAUGUCUGCUGCCCACAGAGCCAUGGUCGGGAACCAGAGGCUCCGUGACUGGCCCAAAAGUCCACGGCCCGUAGGAGAAAAACCAGUUUGUACGCUACUGCUGCAGAAUUUAGUCCCGUCACUUCUAAUUGUAUAUAAGCCCUCGAUGAGCUGGAGCAACGUAUUCUCACCCUCGGUAAAGUGCCUGGGUGAACCAGGGACCCGCGCUCCUCCUCUCAGACCCAACACCAUGCUGCCACCCCUCCCCGCCCCUCGCACAGAACUUCGAGGGCGCCCCCUUCGCUCAGGCUGCACUUCCGCCCGUACCGCGUCCUCUCCAGCGGCACUUCCGCCCGCGCCCCCUCCCCUGAGGCAGCACUUCCGCCCAGGCCCCGGCCCCUCGGGCGGGACUUCCGCUCGCGCCCCCUCCCCUUAGGCCUCACUUCCGCCCGCGCCCCGUCCCCUCAGGCUGG